AUGAUACUGCAAAGCACCUCAUUCUGGAUUGCUACAGACUUGGGGACAGGAGAAGAGCCCUGUUUGGUUAAAAGCAGUCAGAUGAUGAACCAGGCGCUAACAUUGUGCAAAAAUCCUGGACCUGGCCAGGGACACAGGAUCAGUCUGCUCUUCGCCAUGAUCGCCCUCCUCAUCCUCGCCGUCGCGGCUGUCGCAGACUCCCAGUUCUUCCCUCCUCCUUUCUCGGCCCCCGCUCCCUUCGCACCAAGCUUCGCAUCUCCUAGAUUUGCCGCACCCCCUCCCCCACAACCCGCUUUUAACUCGUUUGCCCAACCCGCCCCCGCCUUCAGCUCUUUCCCAGCCGCUGCCCCAUCCUUCGCUCAACCUAAGAUCAGCAUCGUUCAGAGGAACUACCAGCAGGAUGACCGCGGACAGUUCACAAACUCGUACACUCAGACUGACGGUGCCAACUUCCAGGAGACCGGGGAGCUCCGCCCAACCAACGACCAUUUGGACAACGUCAUCGUCAAGAAGGGUUCCUUCAGAUACACCUCCCCGGAGGGUAUCCCUGUGGAGAUCUCUUACGUAGCUGACGAGAAUGGGUUCCGCCCCGUUGGCUCUGUCAUCCCCGUCUCUGUCCAUAGCGUUGCCCCGUCCUUCAAGUAG